AUGGGAAAUAAAAAAAAUCAAAAAACCAAACAAUCAUGUUUGAAGAAGAAAAACAUCGCGAAGAAAAUAUGUUCAAAAAUCACUCGAAGUGAGAAGGGCUUAUUUCUACGAACAAAAAGCACAGAAGAACAACAGCCGUGUGACGAUACCUCUAACAGGACUCGCGUAUCUUUUAUAACAUUAGAGCCUGUUGAUUUGCCACCUUCUGCAACUAAGUCGUCGAUACCGUCAACUGUUGUACACUUACAAGAUGUUCCUAACGCUACGUUAUCUGCGCCAGAACCAGUUGUUGAUUCUGAAGCCAACAUAGAACCUGAUGAAAACAAUGAUGGGUUAAUUAUUGAAAAGGACAACAAAGAAGAUAAUUUCCAACCCAUAUCAGGACGAAGGAUAAUUGAUAUCAAUUACUUUUUGCAAGAAUUUCAAGAGAAAGCACGCCACAAUAACUUAUUUAAUUGUCAAUCAAGUAAUUUGCGCUUAGUUGGUGAAAGAAGAAAUGGACUUAUAUCGACCUUUAAAUUUGAGUGCAAUAUGUGUAAAGAAGUCUGUUUAAUUCCAUCCGAAAACACAAAAGAUACUGAGCAGGUGAAUGCUAAUAUAGCUGCUACCACCGGAGUUGUAGCCUCUGUAGAUGAAAAAUUACUAGGUCUGUUGGAAUACUGUUCAACUUGGACUGUGGCGCACGAAGCGUCGCUUCAACCGACUCGAUCUUUGCGGCGACAGUACGUAAAUACCUAUUGCGCUCGGGACACCUGGCCUUAA